AUGUGUGCGGGGACGCAGCUGGCGGUGCCCUGCAUGGCCCUCCUGCUCCUGGCACUGGCACUCAGCUGUGCGGCCACACUCAACUGCAAGGGGCCCACCUACCCCAGCGGCAGCAGGUGCUGCCAUGAGUGCCAGCCUGGUUAUGGAAUGGAGAGUCGCUGCGACCACUCCCGUGAUACCGUGUGCCAGCUGUGCAAGCCCGGUUACUACAAUGAGGCUUUCAACUACGAGGCCUGCAGGCCGUGCACACAGUGCAAUGAGAGAAGUGGGAGUGAGCCCGUGCAGAGCUGCACGUCCACAAGGGACACAGUCUGCCACUGCAGGCCAGGCACCCAGCCCCAGGGCGGCUACAAGCCAGGAGUUGACUGCGCCCCCUGCCCACCAGGACACUUCUCCCCAGGCCACAACCAGCUUUGUAAGCCCUGGACCGACUGCACCUCCACCGGGAAGCGCACCCUGCAGCCAGCCAGCAACAGCUCAGAUGCAGUCUGUGAGGACAGGAGCCCCCUGGCUACCACGCUACCCUGGAGCACUCAGUACCCCCCACCCCUGUCCACCUCUGCCCAGCCCACUACUGCCCAGCCCGGGGCCUCACAGAAGCCUCCUGAAGCUCCAACAGGACCCCCCAGGGGCCCUGCGCUGGCUGCCAUCCUGGGCCUGAGCCUGGGCCUGGGCCUGCUGAGCGCCUUGGCCGCUGUGCUUGUCCUAGUCCUGCACCGCCAGGCCUGGAGGCCUCCACCCACCGCCGUGAAGCCCCCUGGGAGCAACAGCUUCCGGACCCCCAUCCAAGAGGAGCACGCUGACGAACACUCUGUCCUGGCCAAGGUCUGA